CAGAGCAGUACUUGAUGCUUCGGGUCGUUCUGCACCGCGGGCAGCUUGAGGAUACGGCAGCCAGCCUGGUGCUACUGCUGACCAUAGAGUCGUGAACCAACGUCUUCCCUAUGCUUCUUGUGACAUUGCCCGACGAUCUUAGCAUCAUCGCUUGUUGAGCGAUUGAGCGAUGGCCGGCUCCGCCCCGCCACAGCCACAGGAUACCGAUACUUCUUGUAGAGUAGUUCUGGUAGUGGUGGUGAACGCCUGAAGAUCCGACGGUCGGUAUUUAGAGCUUCCGUCUUCCAAGGUACGAUAUUUAUCCUCCGAAACUGUCGAGCUCGAUAAACCUCAAAGCACGUAAGAAAAAAUCAAGGUAAAUCUUUUGACGGACGAAGUGCAAGAUGCCAUCGCUUUUCUCGAAGAAGAAGGACAGCGAAAGGGAGAUUACUCAGGCGGGUACAUCGGACGACUCUCAAGUUGCGCCUCCUGAAUACGUAGACGAUGGAACACCGCCAACCUACAAAGCAUCAUCUUACCUGCGCUCCCUCCAUGAUGGAGACCCCAACGACAAAGUCGACGUGCCGAUGAUUCACAGCGUGCACAAGCUCUCUGUUGGAGACUACUUGCCUUGGGGCAGUGCUAUGAAGACUGGAAAGCGGACCGUGAUCUCGCGCAGUAUGACGCGCGAUUGCUACAUCAAACACUACGCCACAGAUGAGGAGGGCAACUACAUUGGCACAGAGAAGCCGUAUCCAGACUGGAAGCUUGUCUUUGUGCCAAACAAAAGUACACCUGAUGAUAUCCUGCAGCAGCUAAAUGAGUUUGUCGACGUGAGACAUGACAUUCGGCGCCUGCACGAGCGCAAGGAACUGAAGCACAUCCCGAACCAAUAGAAACUCUUGAUUCAAUUUGCUCAUUUAAGCGUUAACGAGUCUUUUCGGUAGAUAUCCAAGCAAUGCAAUAUCGUUAA